AUGCCCACCGGUCUUCGUCGAACCCUCCAUUGGACCCCGCGCACCUCCAGCAAAAAGAACUCUACCGCCGACGCUUCAUCCUUCAGGUUUGCGAUUCGAUUUCUGUUUCUCAUUGCAACCGAACUCUUUCCAAUAAUGACAUCCAAAAAUUCGACUUCACCAUCAGUGGGAUCAACCGCGAGCGGUGCUCAUAAACGGAACUCAGAUGAUAUUGGUUGGGAAUAUGGUUUUUGCCCGGAUAAAAACAAAAUGGAUACAGUGAAAUAUGGAGAUGACGGUGAUGAAGAUGAAGUUGACCCCGAAACAGUGAUGGAAGCAAUUGAUGAAGCUCUUGGGACUAAUAAUAAUCAAGUACCCCGUAAAAGUUCAACACUGAGAGAACUUUUUGAUGAAGAUUUCAAAUCUGACAAUGAGGAGCAAAUGUUUGAAGAAGAUGAAUAUGACUCGGGUGGAGUUAAAAUAGUGGAAGAAAUUGAAGAUUAA